AGCCGUUAUUGUCAUUAUGUCUGAAACCGACACUUCUUUUCCUACUCAAACCUUCUCUGCUAACAGUUUUAAAGCUCUUGACUAUGUCUUUGAGACCACCACCAGUCUGAAAGUGAUGAUGAACCUACUGGCUCUGCCAGCACCUUACUGUACUGGUACCAGCGACCUGUACCCGCACAGUGGAAAGCUGCCUGAAGUCACGUACAGGACACCGUGGAUCAGAGGAAAGGUGAUCUCAACCUGCAAACUCUUUGUCAGUGGUUCUGUGCUCGAUGACCUAGGAGGAAAAAAGCAACCAGAUAAUUCACCAGAAAGAUUUAAAGUGGCUCUGAGUGAGGUGGAAGGGGAUGUGGAGAUGAUACCCAGCUCUAAUCCUGACUCACUGAAGGAUCUUGACCAGGAUGAGUAUGUUUGCCUUUUAAAAGAGUCACAGGUCAAUGAUCCAUGUCAGGAGUCAUUUUUCAAUUUGACAACUGACCAGAUGAAACAUGGAAAUGACAAGAAAGAUCUCCUUCUGCCAGAAGAGCUCAUCGUUGUCGAUUACCUGACACACUUUAAGAGACAUUUGCCCACGCUGAAAGCCAAACUGUCCAGGCUGAGGAUGCUUCCUGUGGCCGACCCUCUGCAGAGCUCGACAGGAGAUGCUAUCUCUGAGGACACCAUAUUCAGGCACAAUGCGUCUUAUGAAAAACCUCCUGAUGUGUACGCCAGUGACAUUCAGACGUGUGCAAACAUUCACGAGGAGUUUGGUAAAGAGUCACUAAUGAACGAAGAGUCUCUGCUGCUGCCGGAUGUAGUUGACACACUGGAUCUGAGCCAAGAAAUCUGCACCGCCUUUUCAAGCAUUUGCACGAAAAUGGAUUUUGCUCCUGAACAGCUGGAUGAUCAGCUUCCAGCCCUGGAUAUGCUUCAUAAAGCUUCCCUUGCAGAUGCAUCAGUAUCGGUGGAUAUUUCCCGGUAUGAAAUACCAGAGGAGCUCAGCAGGAAAUGCAAGAUGGAAGGAGGUCUGAUGGAGCUGGCAGGCCGCGCAACGCUUCCAACUGAAAUGGAGCUGGAGGUGAUUUUGACGCCGAGUCCCAAGAAGGGUCAAACCCAAAUCUGUCUGUCCACAUGUGAACUCCAAGAGGAAGAGUUGUCCGCGCUCAGCAGACGAUCUUUGAUGUCGGCGAGAGCUCAGGACGAGAUGGAGACGGCCCUUUGGCAGGCGGAGAAGCAUCCAACCUUUGUGGUGGGCUUUCUGUUGGCAGAGCCUCAAAUAUGUGAACCAGCUGUUGACUUCCAGCCGCUGUCUGAAGCCUGGAAGGUCAUACAGUCGGAGAAAGAAAGCGGCGUCAGUGUCGGUGACAAACAGUCCCAGAUGGAGACGGGAGCCCCCCAGGUGUACUUGUGCAGCAGCAGUGAGUUCACAGAGAGCAUGCGGUCCGACCUUCCCUCCACCGAGGAGGAAAAGAUGGAAGACUUCAAAAAACUGUCACCUGAACAUGUGGAGAUCGCAGACAGAUCCGUCCUGAUGAAUCGCGCAAACAUAACUCCGUUACCUCAACUGAAAAAAUGUGAAACCGUUGCUUCUCCUGCUGAAGCUACUGCGGACGACACCUUUCUUCAAAAAGAAACGGUUGCUGAUAUGUCUCAGAGCGCCUUCCUGAUGCACCCUGUCAACGCAAACAAUAAGGACGUAAAACCUGCCACCUUUAUAUUUUCAAAACCUGCUGCUGUCACACACACCAGAGACGAAGUUUCAGGCGAGAGGUUUUUAGAAGUUGCAGCCAGGUUCCCUGCUCGUAAGAACAACGCUGACACGAGUAGAGACGACUGUAGGACAGAGCGGAGCGUCAUGUCCUCCAGAGACGAUCACAGAGGUCCGCUGGUUACGAGACGGCCAUCGGAUAAGGACCUGGACCCGCUGUCCACCUUCAUGAUCCUGAGAUCUCAGCAGAUGGCUCAGGUUACUGUAACACCUCAGAGCUCAACUCCAGCACCUAACCGGCACCAGCAAACACCACCAUCCGAGCAUCAUCAGCUCCCUCCAGAGCAGAUGCAAAGAUCAGAUCAGAGGCCGAUGUACAUAAGUGGUGCUGUCUCAGGGAUUGCCACCAGAGAGCAGAAAGCCGCCUUUCAGUCGACGGGUCACCUCAUCAGUCAUCCUGUCCGUCAGUCCAUCCCUCAGGACAGACAGGGCAGCAGAGUAGUCCAAGUCCAAGCUACCGAGAGCCAGCAGCGUGCCCACUGUGAGCUGCAGGCCUUCGCUCAGCCUUGUUUGAACUCUGCUCGACAGCUGGGCCUCAACUUCCCAGUAUUGGGAGACUUCAGCUGCCUGGCCCCGGACCAAACACACUUCCUUCUCAAGCAGCAGGAAAAGGCGCUCUGCAGGACACCGAAGACAGAGCUGGUCAGAGAUCAGGAAGUGCUUUUCGACCAGGCAGCUCUGAUUCACGUGCUGGUGACAUUCAAGGAGCUUCUGCUGAAGUGCGACCUCAGUACUGCAUUGGAGUACCUGACCAAGGCAGCUGAGGUGUGUGCUGAGCGGAGUCUGGAGCAGCUGGUGAAGAGGCUGCAGAUCCUCCUCUACCUCAGUCACAAGAACCAGGAGUGCAACCUCAAACUGCUGGAGCUGCAGCAGCUGCUGGCUGCAUGGCUGCAUGGCAGGACAGGACCGAACACUGUGGAGAAAAUUCUUGUCAUAAUAUCAGUCGACUCUGACGACAUCAGAUCUUCAAUCAUCAGCAGUUUGAGCCACGCCACUGGUGCUGCUGUAACUGCAGUUUGUCCUGAGGAGGACAAGAAAAAACUGAACGGUGCCAGUGUGGUCAGCAGCACGUACGACAGUGUGUGCGUGGUGGUGUAUGAGCAGCACAUAGGGCCCGACUUCCCCUGGAGCUGUUUCUCUCUGGUGGUGGAGUACGACCAUCCAGGCCAGUCGCCAUGGGCAACCGUGUGCAGAGAGAGGAGCAUCAGUCACCUCGCCUUCAACACAAUCCUCAACGACACCGAAAAGGGAAAAACCUCGUGGUGCCUGGAGGACAAUGUGCCAUAUGUGUUGUCUGUGACAGAGGGGCUUCUUAACUGUCCACUGCUGCUACAGACACUCGAGUCAGGGUUUAAUAUAACUGUGCUUGAGAGGAGCUACUGUCCGUCCCUGCAGAUGCUCGGAGGAACCCAUCACUACGCUGUGAUCACGGUGGAUGAAAGCACCGCUAUCGUCAUUCAGGAGGAAGAUGAACUUUAUCAGGAGAGAGCCAGUGAGGGAGUAGUGAUGAGGCUUACCGCUCUCUCUUUGCAGUACAACUGCUGUUGGCUCAUCCUGCACUGCAGAGACAGCCAGGGAGGAGGAUUUUCCAGCGAGGCUUUUAGCAACUUGGUGUUGGUUUAUUCGUCUCUGGUGCUCUUCAGCAUGAAGAUUGAGGAUUUAGACGUCAAGGUGCUGAUUGUGUCUGAGGUGACUGAAAUAGCCAAAUGGAUCAGCCAGAUCUGCUUCCACAGCCUGAUGGCCAGUAAGAAGGACCCUCUGGACUACCUGGACCGAGACUGGCUGACUGUGAUUCCCUCAGAGGAGGAAAAGUGUCUGUUGCGGUUCCCAUGUAUUAACCCUCUGGUUAGUCAGCUAAUGCUGAAGAGAGCUCCAUCCAUCCAGUGGCUCCUGGGGGCCUCUCUGUCUCAGCUGAUGGAGCUGCUCCCUGAGGUGCCACAUAAAGUUCUCAAGCUGUUCAGUGACACCACCUCCCUGUACCCACUGACCACAGAGCAGCCAGAGUCUCAGACAUUCAUCACUGAGACAAACCAACAGAGCAGUCCACCAAACAGCUCCUGGACCACCACUGCUCACCGCGAGCACGUGAACCCUGAUCCACAGCCAGAACCCCCCAUCGACCCCCACCCGGUACUAUUCUGUAGUGACCACGACACCAGCUUCCUGUUCGGAGCGGAUCGCGGCUUCUGUGAACCCGACCCAGAGUCGGUGGCGCAGGAGGGCAACACAGACUUCAGACUCGACCUGAGUUCUUCCUUCGGCAGCCCAGAUGUUCACCUCCAGAGGAGCUGGACCAGCAGAGAUCCAUGGCAAGAGGAGGACAGAGGCAGAGAGGAGGUGGCGUUUUCUGGCUGGAGACGCAGAGCUGGAGCAGUGGGGAGAGUUGUUGGAAGAGCAAACGGUGAGUGGGCCCAGAAGGCUCCGAACGCAGACGCUCCUGCAGUCCUCCACCUGGACAGUCCUUUCAAGCUGGACUCUGCGUUUAGUUACAGCCCCGUCCUGCAGCAGCCGGUCAACAGCCGGAUGUCCACGUACUCUACAGUCUACACCGACCCCCAGCGUCCAGAUAACCCCCACAUUUCCUAUGGUCCGAGCCCUCCCACACAGGCCACGCUGUGGAGUCAAAGUCAAAGCAGCUUCAACUGUCUCACAAAUGGUAGAGAGGCGACGGCUUUUUCAACCAACUAUGGCUCCAAAUGCUGGAUGGGACAAGAGAGGAAGAGGAGGGGCGAGGCUGCAGGUCUGGUUGGAACAGUGGUGACACCGGUGAAACGGGCGAGGUUAAGCUAUGAGAAGGUGCCCGGCAGAAGUGACGGACAGACCAGGCUGAAAUUGUUUUAGUCAUGAAUGCUGUGUUCCGGUGGCCUGUUUGAAAAGACAAGAACGUUUUGUUUAAUUCAAGUUAUUAAUUGCAUAGUUCGAGUCAUCAUUCAGGUGAAAUUACGUUUUACUUUGCCUGGUUUGAUUUUUUGGGAUAAAAUGUCUUUAUCUUUGGCAUAUAUUCUAUAUUUAAUAAGCAACAGUGCUCUUGUCCAUUCCUGUUCUUUUUGUUGUUGAAGAAUUCAAAA